AUGGAUGAAACCGGCGUCCCCCGAUUGUUCGGACAGGAGGGCAUUUCCGACCCCUGCCCGCUGGGACCACGUGGAGGUAGUGCGACGACAACGACCCAAAACCAAGCUCGGAACUACCUCACUGAACUUGCGAAUUUCUUGGCACAGUCGCAGCACGAAGGACCGUCUGCUGGUGUGCCAGGUGCUGCCGAGGUGGCAGCUUUGCAAUCGCUUUUGGAGAACAUUCGCAAAGCGGGUCUAACGAGUGUUCCGGGCCAGAGUUGGCAGGCUCCAAUGGUUGAGCAGGCUUGGCCAUGUCCAAGUGCGCAGAGGCUUGUGCCUCCAGAGGUUACUGGACCUUUCGGAGCAGGACUACAAGCGGAGGUCCCUCCGAACAUCCAGCUGGCAAAACUUGCCGAACUCUUCCGUGUGCUUGAGGAGCAGGAUCAGGCACGCGCGAUGAUGAGUGACAGCAGCCGGACCUGUGAACAACAGACAAUACUCUCUCGCUGGCUGCAGGAGUCACGUACCCAGUUGCAGCAGCUGCGACAAAUGCAGCAGCUUCAACAAAUGCAGCGCCAGAUGCAGGAGCUGCAGCCAAAAUUACAGCAAAUGCAGGAGAUGGUCAACCGCUUUAUGACAGCCGCCUACAUGGCCCAGCAGGUGCCACAAUUGCAAACUCCAUCCUUCUCGUCCUUGCCGUCGCAUGUUCAUGCCCCUCCCGCACCUGGCCUGGACUGGCCAGGACCGUCCGACUCCAACACAUUCCCAGCGACACUCGAGUCGCUGGCCAACUAUGGACAGCUUGGAAUGCCUGGCUCCGUAGCCACGGGAAACCAUUCAGGUCAUGACAAGGUCGCUGGACGGGCCCAAACGAGGACGAACCAUGUCCGAAAGAAGAACACUCAAAGGACUGGAGGUUGGUUGAAUGUGGAGCCCGAGGCAACGCCAUCAUCUCCACCUUCGAGCUCCGAUCGGGAUAAGAAGAGCACCCUGGGAAUGCACUUGACACAGCUGCAGAGCGAAGACCCACGGUGUGUAUUCAUCACGCGGCGGAUAAACGGCAUGGGCUUCCAAUCAAAGGAUGUCUUGAGCGCUUUCUACGGGCAGUACGGGAAAGUGGUGAAGGUGCUCGUUGCUCACUCGAAGGUAAAGCCAUUUCGUCGACAGGGUGCGCAGUCACGAAUCCGUCCCGGCAGCCUUGGGUUCAUCGUCAUGGACUCUCCGGAAGCUGUUGAGAAGAUCUUGGCAGUUGGCACAAACCAGAAAGUUGCUGGCCACAUGAUCAGUGUGGAGCCUUUUGAACGGAUUGCCAAACCUCAAGAUGCUGGUCAAUCAGCGGACUCGACAGCAACAAAUGGAGAUUCAACGACAACAGGAUCAGGCUCUCGCUCGGGAGGAUCCGGCUCUGACAAGAGCUCGGCUGGCAGUGCCAACGGUCUGGGCGACUCCAAUGGCUCCGACAAGAGUUCUGCUGGCAGUGCCAACUUGGGCGAGAGCGGUUCCGGUGGUUCCGAAGAAGGCUCCGACAAAGGCAAUGGCUUUUCAGCAGAUGGAUCUCAGCCAAAGGCCGAGGGAAGCCAGGGAAGUUCGGAAGACUCGAACCCUGGAGAUGGAGACUCUCAGUCCGAAUCGAGCAACCGGGCGGCGUCUCCAGGUACAGGCAGGAAGAAGGAAGCUUUCGAAGAAGGAGUCCUACCGGGUGAGUCAGAGAAGCCAGCAGCGAUGCCAGACGAAAGGGGCUUGAUGCCCUGGCAGAAUGCCGCUCUACCCUUCUACCGGACUGGGCUGGACAUUCCCGGCCGUACAGCUGAAGCCCGUUUGCAUUUGGAUUUUGGCCGUGACCGCUGGCUUUACUUCAAGUUGCACCAAUCGUUAGCAGUGCUCCAAGAAGUCUUUGUCAAGGGAGAUGGCCAGCGAGCACGCCUUGUGAACAACGAAUCCAAGCUGCGCUGGAGCGCCAGCUGUGGCUUCCUGUGCUAG